UGUGAGCACAAUUCAAAACAGACCCGAAGGAUUCGACAUUACUUUUUUAUUGAUGAAGUUAGAAUUCUGUCUCAUUAAAUCCGUUUAGAUGAGGCACCCUAGGAAGAAUGAUAUUGACAGUUUUAUUUUUUGUUUUAUAAUGGUUUACCAAUAGUUUGAUGUUUCUUUUAUCAAAAUAAUGGUAAACUGAAUAAUCUGCAAGCAUUUUGGACAGUGACCAUCACUUUGAAAUGUGUCUCUACUUGAACUUGAGGAAAUACCACAAAUUAUACAAAAUUUAUAAAAAACGGUACGGUAAAAGUAUUUUUAAAAAAAAAAUGCAACACAGUGCCAAACGCGGACAAAUUUAAGAAUAUACCAAGCAAAUGUCAUUUUUUUAAACAUUACUAUAAGGGGCCCAAUACCUUAUUGAAAUAAUUAUUUCAAGUAUUUGCAUAAAAAAAUUUCUUUUUCUUAUAUAUGUCUUUUGUAGCAACUGUUUACAACUUUGACUAUGGGCCGAAACGAGACGAUAUACCGGUAUCGGCCGAACCAAGCCGAGACGGCCGAAAUUUGCCCACGUAUAUCACAAUUACGUAACGCUUGGUUCCCUGAAUAUGCAAGAUGCUCGUUGUUGAUAUCAUACUGAAUGGAAUUCAAUUAUUUAUUUUUAGCACAUCUAAAGAGAUGUGGGCUGGCGGUGUAAUAUAAAAUGACAUUAUAAACAGUUAUGCUUAGACGGCCGAAAUCACCCGAAAUAUAGGCAUCUUACUAUCAAAACAGUCCAACAGCUAUCUCUAGAGAUCUUCAGAAAGAUGUAUAAUGUAUGAAUUAAUCCUUACAAAAAGCCAUUAUUUACAGAAAGGACUUUUACUGAUUUGGUAUAUAAAUUGCUCAUGAAAAGCUGUUUUUGCCCUGAUGCCACAGAAUUCAGAUGUAUAAAGCACUAAAACAAGUUUGUAUGAAUUGAUAUUUAGUGACAGUUUGCUCAUAAGUUUUUGUUUUCAUUGCAUGUGUUUUUUCCACUAUACUGUUUAAAUAAGAUGUUUAGUUAUCAAUACAUGGUAUGGCUGAAUCUUCUAACUAUACUAUUUAGUAAUUGAAUAUAAAAUCAGAAAUGUUUGUUUUGUAAUAUUUUCAGUUUUCGCGGUAAUUUUACCGUGGAAUGCGUUAUACAAAGUUCAUCCAAGAUAUACAAAGUCACUGGAUUACACUAAAAAAUGGAAGACGUGCUUGUUCUCUCUAACCUACCAGUUACCUACAAUUAUGUUACUAAUCCUGUUGUUAAAGCGGUAUCACCACUGACAGGAUUUGUUAGUGGUGGUACUAAGGUCACGGUCAGUGGAAAGUUUCUGGAUAACGCACACUAUUCAUUUAUGCAGACAAUGUACGAAGAGGAAUUGCAGAUGGAGAUUUGCGAAAUAAGAUCAUCAGAGAAAACGUUAUGCAAAGUUCCAGAAGCACCUCGAGCGAUUAAAUACUUAGUACUGGAACAAUUGAAGAGUAUGGAAGUUGCAGCGGGCAUCGGCUUUGACGGUGCAAGACACAAUUUUACAAUAAAGUACUUACAGGAUCCAUUGAUUCACAGUCUUCCCGGGGACGGUAAUGUGGUGACAUUCGAUUCAAAUAGUUAUCAACUAACAAUUAAUGGUGAAUAUCUGAAUCUUGUUGCAACCACCUUGGAUGUAAGUGUCACAAUUGGCGUAGAACCAUGCGCAAUAAUAAACCUGACAUUAGUAUCAAUUGUGUGUAUUGCUCCUGCAACAAAACCGCUACCUGGAAUACCUGGUAUAGAGAAUCCGGAAGUUAAUGUAACAAUUGGUAACAUCCACAAGACAGUUGGAUAUGUACGUUAUAAAGAAGAGGUCAAAACAGUAGUUAUAGUGUUUUCAGUGGUGGGCGCUGUGGCUUUUAUAGCACUAACUGUUUUGGGUAUUGUCCUCAUAUAUCGAAAGUACAGAAAAAUGCAGAACAAAAUUCGAUAUCUUGAAAGAACUCAAGAAUUGAAUCAGACAACAGCUGUUGCUAUGGAAAGCAGGAACAAAACAGCAGCUGCUGUAACAGGCGGUCAAGAAAACACACCAGCCUAUGAAGACAUUUCUGACAACGACAUUGUUACAGACAAUGAAUUGCCCAGGGGGAAUGCGUAUGAAAAAGUGGACGGAUAUCUAGAAUCACGCCCAUACCUUCAGUUAAAUGUAGAAAAUGCACCUCGUGGUAUAGAACACUCGGAAGCGAGUGGUUCAUCAAAAAAAUCUAAACAGCAUGCAUGCUCUGUGGAUAAAGACUAUAUACAUCCUACGAGUGAUUCGAGCUCGUAGUAGCAGUUCCGAGUAAGAGUGGUAUUUCAGCUUGAUUUAAAUGUAGAGUUUGCAAUAGAAUUAUCCACUGUUGUUUGUAUGAUAAAUCUGUACCUUGGUUGUUGAUUUAAUUAAGGCAAUGAAAUAGUUUCAACAAGAAUGAGAGAACAAUUUCAUCAACAAGUAAUAGAAAGAGUAUUGGAACUCGAGGGUAAACGAUAUUAAAUACCUGCACACUUUUAGUUACCGCACCCUGUACUCAGUGUAUACGAUUUACCUGCACCAAAUUUGUUAAGAAAAAACACCGAGCUAUGAUACAAGAGUGAGAAAACUAAUUGAUCAAUAAGAAUGAGAGAACUAAUUUAUAAACAAGAAUGAGAUAAUUAAUCUAUUUACAAGAGUGAGAGAACUAAUGUAUAACAAGAAUAAGAGAACUAAUUUAUUAACAAGAAUGAGAGAACUAACUUAUCAACAAGAAUGAGAGAAGGAACUAAUUUAUCAACAAGAAUGAAAGGACUAAUUUAUCAACAAGAAUGAGAGAACUAAUUUAUCAACAAGAAUGAGAGGACUAAUUUAUCAACAAGAAUGAGACAAUGAACUAAUUUAUCAACAAGAAUGAGAGAACGAACUAAUUUAUCAACAAGAAUGAGAGAACUAAUUCAUAAACAAGAAUGAAAGAACUAGUUUAUCGUCAAGAAUGAGAGAACUAAUUUAUCAACAAGAAUGAGAGAACUAAAUCUUAAACAAGAAUGAAAGAACUAAUUUACCGACAAGAAUGAGAGGACUAAUUUAUCAACAAGAAUGUGAGAACUAAUUUAUCAACAAGAAUGAGAGAACGAACUAAUUUAUCAACAAGAAUGAGAGGACUAAUUUAUCAACAAGAAUGAGAGAACUAAUUUAUCACCAAGAAUGAUAGAACGAACUAAUUUAUCAACAGGAAUGAGAAAACUAAUUCAUAAACAAGAAUGAAAGAACUUAUUUAUCGAUAAGAAUGAAAGAACAGAUUUAUAAACAAGAAUGAGAGAACUUGUCACGCUUUUCAUUAUAAAUUAUAUAAAACAAAAAUUCUAAACGAAUAAUUCAGCAGUGACUUUAUUAACACUAAUAUUGAUGCCUUAAUAAAUACAAUGUAAUCAACUUUUGUAGAUCAAAUAGAAGUAGUUAAUAAAAGAAUUGUUAAACUCAAAGUGUCACGUAUACAAAAUUGAAAGCCACUAGUUCAUAGUUUAGUAAUAAAAUGUUAUUGCUAUCCAAGAAAUGACGUUUGAAGAAGUGUUAUCCGUAUAUAUUUCAUUGUAUGUGUAUCAAAUAAUUAAAACAAAGGCAGAACAAUUUAAUCAAAAGAGGGAAAACAAGAAUUUUAUUACCUAAUUUUUAUCAUGUUUUGUAUAAUAUCGGUUGUUUGCAUAAAUGUUGUUUCUGAUUUCCUAUUAUACUGGUAUCUUUAAUUGUAUUAAAAUCACAACGUUUUAUGCCUUUUCAAUGACCUACAAUCAGUUCAUUGGGAAAGUUGAAAAGUUAAUAGGUAUAUUAUUAAGUCUUUGAAUUAAAAUGGAGGUAACUAAAUCCGAAAGAAUAGUUAUUAUGACUGUUUCAAAUCGAUUACAAAUGGAAUUCAGCAAGUAAAUGAAAAUAUAAUAUUUAAUGUUUUGCAACUGUUAUAUGAUCUCUUAUAAGUACAGAAAAGAUUACUUUGAAUUUCUCUCUCAGCAAUGUGGUGUUGACAUUUUUCAGAUUGUAUUUCAUCGUACUUGGUUAACUUGGUGCACACUUGAAGUUUGUCAUUGCAAAAUGCAUAUAAUUUGUUUUAGUUUACAUUGCAAGAUAUAAAACAGUUAUAACUUGUUAUCAAAAUACAUAUAUAUUUAUAUUUUCAGUAAUUGUGUUUACUAAUAAAAUCUGUAAAAAAUCUGUACUAAACUCCGUUAAUGUAUAUAGUGUAUUUACAAUAGUUUUGUUAUGUCAGGUCCAUAAAAUGUCUUGAAAGUACUUAGAAAUUAUAUUUUAACAUGAAAAACAAUGUGUAUUGCAAAAAAGAACAUUAGACGCUAUGUUUACAAAUAUGUCAUGUUUUAGAAUACAGUGUAGUUCUUUUCAAAUAAUUUAUAUAAUUUGUAAUUCAAUUAAAAUAACAACGAAAAAGAAUGAAAACAUUCCAAGAACAUGAAACCCUACAGAAGAGUAUGUAAGAAUGUGUAUAAAUUGCUGACACAGAAAUAUAUAGACAAAGCGAAAUCGAUAGGUAAUAAGGACAAGGAACGCAAUGACAGCAAAUGUUUGGACAAAACAGUAGCUUAAUACGGCUUUUAUAGAAUUGAAACUGGUUUAUUUUGCGCCUCAGACUUUGGUCUUAUCUCCACCAUGUUGAAAAGUCACAGGACAAUGUAAACAAGUAAACAAACUAUUUCCAUCAAAUACAGUCCUCAUACUGGAAGGUGACCCUAAUUAUCUUAACUGCAGUGUAACCUAACGAUCUGAUAUAUGUCAAUGAUGUAUAUACACUAUUCCUGUUGUACAUACACUAUAUUAUUACACCUAAUGUUU